CUCUAAUCUCGAUUAAAUUAGUUCUUUUGUUGGAUUAAAGUAAUAUUAUUCAAUUGUGACAUGAUCUUGAAAAGUUAAUUACUUGAGUGUGUGAUUAUAUGCAUUACCGUACGUGCAUCCUGUUGUUUUCUGUAGAAAAGUGCUUAUAAACUGAGAGGCUGCACCUGAAGAAACUUUAAGUACUCAUUGUUCUUGGGCCCUUUCCUUGGAAUUUUAACUGUUCUGUUAAUUCAUUAUUCACGUUGUGGCAUACUGUUGUCCCACCUUGUGUUUGGAACACUGGAAGAAAUGGCACCAAUAACAUUAGGGAUAUUGCAUUUCUUUGUUUUCUAUGCAUGUAUACCUGUUUCCUUGAUAAUUCUCUGCUUUUCAGAUGAAGUGAUGCUUCUGUUUCUUUCACUUUUCAGACUCAUCUCUUAUUUAUCCAACUAAGAUUUCAGUAUUUGAUCUACUGCAAUUUCCUUAUAUUUUCCUCAUUUUGACUGAAUGUGAGCUUAAUGUGUCUUUUUUUUUGGCUGAGGGAGUGGAGACAGGUAUGAAAUGAGAAAAGAACAGGGUAGGGUAGAAUGGCAUGCAGCAGUAGCAAGUAGUGAACAAUCCAUUCUUUCUCACCCUUGCCAUUCCUAGUUUGAAAUGCAGGUGUUUUGUACCUCUACAAAUUGUUUUUGGGUGUUAGUCUUUCAAUUGGGAGCAAGAAGGUGUCCAUGGCUGCAGAGUCAAUCACUCAAGAUUCAAGGAAACGGACAUUGGAGGCAUUGGAGAGAAGAUUUGCUGUUGCAAAAGCUGAGCUUCUCACACAACAAAAGAAAGAUAAAAGGAGUAUAAAAGAAUAUGGGAAACAACAUCAUACUGCAAGUAUUACCUCCACUGAUUCCUCAUCACUUUUAUGUGGUCCAUUGGGCGUGCCUCCUUUGAGCACAUCUUCCAAAAGGGCAAUUCAACUUUCAAUUUUUGUGUCUUUGUGUUUUCCUCUUUUAAAUUUUUCCACUUUUUAUUAAAAAAUAAAAAAUAAAAAUGCAUUUUUAAUAUAAUCUUGGUGCACACUAUUUAACUGUUAUAUCAGCCUCACUUAAUUUUGAGUGAAGCACUUACAUUUGGUUGAAUUUGACUCUUCCUCUUGAAUGUGUGUUGACUACUGAUUUUGCUUAAAUGCAGAAGUUAAAUGUUCUUUGGUCAUUUUUAGCUGCGCGCAUUAAAACAGAGCUAUAUGCCUAGAUUUGUAGUCAAUUGCUGUUUUUUCAAUAGGACUAUCCAUUUAUUUGUCAUUUAAAAAUUGAGGGUAAUGUAGUUUAUAUCCAAAAUCAAGAAAAGUCCAUAUACGGUUUCAGUAUUUGUAAGAGUACUUGAAGUACCCGAGAGAUCUGUAAUAUAUGAUUUUCCCAAUUGGACAAAAGAUGCCACUUACAGAAUGUCAGAUAUUUUAUUCCCUGGCUUUAUGAUGAAUUUAAUGUUGUGAUCAUUAAAAUCCAUUGAUUUCCUAGUACCCAAUGGGUUUUCAGUACGUUCAUUUUGAGUUUGUUGGGAAGAUUUUUAUCCUCACUUUGUAUUUCAUGUGAUACAUGUGCAUCUUGCUUGGUGGCAAAAGUUUUGGGAUUUGUUGUUCAUUUAAUAAUUUGCAUAAGAGAAGUUUGGAAGCAUCUUUGAGUGGUUUGGUUUUUGACUUAUUCUCCUAACCUUGAUCUUUUGGGGUAUUUCACUUUCUCUGGCCAGGCUACUUUGCGAGGUACUGGACAAUCCAUGCAAUACUACCUUUACACUUGCAUGUGUACGUUUGUGUACAUAUGUGUGUACUAGCAUGUGUACAUAUGUUUACCCACUGAUACAUACAACAUACAUAUCUAUGUUCAUAUGUAUAUGAAUGUAUUUAAAUAUACAUACACAUGCUUGUGCACGCAUGUAUAUGCAUCAAUAUUUACAUAUACACACUUACCUGUAUGUAUACAUUAUCUAUAUAUGUAUUGUGAACUUUUUCAAUUUGUAUGGACAAUAAAUAACUUGUAGUUCUCUAUAGACAAUGAAGAAGGUGGUCCAACUUAUGCACAGCUCUCUCAGACUGUACAUGAAUAUCUGCUAGCUACUAAUGAGGAGUUUUUUGCUGGGAGAGAAAGUUCAGUAAAUGGUAUAUUACAUGAGCUUCUCUAGAGGGGAGAUUUGGCUCCAAAGUGCAUGCAAGGAUCAAGAAGCAUGAAAAUUGAUCAACUGGUCCUUCUUGAUAAUCUUUCACGAAGAUGUGGAGCAUCUACUGGUUCUUAAUUGGGGCUUUGCGAGUAAAUUCAAAACGAUCCAAGAAACACUUGUCUAAGAAACAACAUAAAGAGCAAGGAACAUUGGACCUUCCUCGAAAAUUCGACAAAUUUGAUAAUUUCAGGCCAAUGCAUGAAUUCUGGAAAGGUUACAGGCAACAGCUUCUUAAUGCGGCUGGGAAGAAUCAACUAGCUCAAUGUCUUCUUGAUGCGGAUCUACAUGGUGCCAUGAUUCUAGGUUUGCGAGCAGUUGAUUUUUGUCAUGCUUAUUUAUUUUGCAUUGGGUUAUGUUCGCCAUCAAGCAUUAGCACAAGCGUACGGGUCGUUACAAGUGCAAAAAUUCCAGAUAUAUUGUUCCCCAAGGAUUUAGACAAAUGAGAGUUAAAAAUUCACUAUUAGGUUUUGGAUUAGGUUGAGCAAAAUCAAGAGUAAUGAAAAAUGGAUUAAAAGUGUUUAAACAAUUAAAAUUUGUUGAAACCUUGACUUUAAGAGGCGAGGAUCUAGGAUUAUCUCUCCCCUUUAUAUUUCAUAAAACUUAAUUUAAUUCC